UCGAUCGAUUGGUUUUAGUGUUCAACAGCAAUAACUACAUUUCACAAUUGAAAGUUCAAACCAUCCAACGUUGUUAGUUGUUACUUGUUACUCAACUCUAGUCUUAUACUCUCGUCUCACUUGUGAACUGCACAAUAAUAUCUUAAGAUGGAAAAUAUGUUUAGUACGUCCGGAGAAAAAGAGACUGAUGAAAAACUCUUGCAGCCUUUCACAUAUAUUAUGCAAGUGCCUGGUAAACAAAUCAGAGCUAAACUCGCUCAUGCAUUUAAUUAUUGGUUGAAAAUACCAUCAGACAAAUUGGCUGUUAUUGGAGACAUAGUGCAGAUGUUGCAUAAUUCUAGUCUCUUAACUGAUGAUAUUCAAGAUAAUUCAGUCUUGAGACGUGGGAUACCUGUGGCACAUUCAAUCUAUGGUGUUGCUAGUACAAUCAAUGCUGCAAACUACAUGUCAUUUGUUGCAUUAGAACGAACUCUGAGCCUAGGACAUCCUAUGGCUACCACUGUAUACACUGAACAGGUGUUAGAACUUCACCGAGGUCAAGGAAUGGAAAUUUAUUGGCGAGAUAAUUAUACAUGUCCAACUGAAGAUGAAUACAAAAAAAUGACAAUCAGAAAGACUGGCGGUUUAUUUAUGCUUGCUAUCAGACUCAUGCAGUUAUUCAGUGACAGUACUAAUGACUUCACUAAACUUACUGGAAUAUUGGGAUUGUACUUCCAGAUUCGAGAUGAUUAUUGUAACUUGUGUUUGCAAGAAUAUUCUGAAAACAAGAGCUAUUGUGAAGAUUUAACAGAAGGAAAAUUCAGUUUCCCUAUUAUACAUGCAAUUCAUACUCACCCUGAAGACAAACAAGUGAUUCAUAUUUUGAGACAGCGAACAAGAAAUGUUGACGUGAAAAAGUACUGUGUGAAGUUGUUGGAUAAUUAUGGUUCAUUUGAGCACACAAGAAAGGUGUUGACACAAUUAGAUGCAGAUGCUCGCAAGGAAGUGGAACAUCUUGGUGGUAAUCCAUUGAUGAUUAAAAUAUUAGACGGACUUAGAACCUGGUCGUAUAAUUUUGAUGAAAAGACAAACAAUUAAAUGUUUUAUUUUAAUGUUUUAAUUUCAAUUUCCACCAUGACCACACUGUUGAAAAGUAGUUUUGUUUAUGUGAACUGUCAUGUUUUUAGUUUUGUAUUAAAUAUUUUGUUUUACCAAAAUAUGUAAUGGGGACCCUUUUUUUGUAUCUUUACUUUAAUCAUGAGUAGAGUUUAUUAUAAUAGCAGUGUUGCUGUACUCUGUCAACCAAAUACUAUUAAUUAAUUAAAAUCCUAUUGGCCUUAUCAUUAAUCUUGAAAAAGUUCUUAAUAUUUUUUUUUUAAAUUGUAAUAUUGUUAUGUGGCAAUCAAUGACUGUAAACGAAAAAAAUAGGCCUUAAUAAAAUACAUUUUGGCCAGUUUAAUAUCUAAGUACUUAAAUGUAAAAUAUUGCCAAAGUCUCAAAGCAUUUUAGCAGAGUAUAAUAAUAAUAUAGUCUUCCAAUUUAAUAUAAUAUAUAU